AUGAAAACUUUUAAAGGGAAAAUUCUUCCGGAAACACAUCCAGAAAGUGUCAGGGUUAGAUUAAUAGCCAAAGAUAUAAUUGAAGCUUCACAAAGGGAACUAAAAUAUGAGCAUCACCACAGCGAAGUUCAUGAUGACGACAAAGGGGUUCAAGAAAGACGUAGUAGUAGUAAAGUUGCUACUUAUCAUUUGGAAGGAUUAAAUUGGGAGAUUUUGGUUGUUGAUGAUCCAAUUGUUGAUGCAUUUUUUUCGUCUGGUGGAAAAAUAGUUGUUUUCACUGGUUUGCUUAAUGUUCUUAGAACGGAUGCUGAGAUAGCUACAAUAAUUGGACAUGAGACAUGGAGUAGAAAUCUACUCGAUCAAUAUGUGUUUCAAAUUCUGAAAAUGACUCUUCGCAUUCUGUUGGCUGACCUGAUGACUAAUCUAAAUGAACUAGAUAAUUAUCUCCUCGAUCUGCCUUUCUCUCAAAGGAUGGAAAAGGAGGCAGAUUAUAUUGGACUACUCUUACUUGCCUCCGCUGGAUACGAUCUUCGGGGUGCACCCAAAGGGUAUGAGAAGCUUUGGGAGCUUGGGAAUAGUGGGGGAUCAUUGUUAGAAGAUUAUCUCUACACACAUCCAUCUGGAAAGAAGAGAGCACAAUUGUGA